CUUUGUUUCUCUUUCAUCUAAGUCGCUGACAUUAUUUUGUUUCCAAACUCUCUCUGUUAUACUUUUUGGAGGUUUUUGAAAUUUGAAGAGAUUAGAGUGCACUUCACAGCAUAACUCAGGAACCUCUCACCUUCCAAUUAUUGUUUAAUUCUUGCCGCCGUCGAUUCGCAACCCUAAUUUGCUGCCAUGACUGAGUACUGGGUCAGCCAGGGCAACAAAUGGUGCGACUUUUGCAAAAUUUAUAUAUCAAACAACCCUUCGAGCAUUAGGAAUCAUGAGCUUGGUCAACGCCACAAAGAUAAUGUUGCCAAGAGGCUGGCUGCUAUGAGAAAAGAAAAUAUUGCUAAGGAGAAAGAACAGAAAGAAACAGCCCGUGCCAUUGAACAGAUCGAAGCGAAAGCACAGCGUAGCUAUCAAAAGGAUAAAGAAAAAUUUGAGGAAGCCAGAGAAUCACUUGAGUUGGAUUCCCAAGAAUGGGAGCUUGACAGAAGUUCAGGCUAUUAUUAUCAUAAAACAAAUGGAUUUUGCUAUGACCCAAAGUCGGGAUUUUACUACUCUGAUGCCAUUGGAAAGUGGGUGACAAAGGAAGAAGCAUAUGUCUCCCCUCACUUUACAUCUAAGUCCUUGUCAAAAUCAAAGUCGAAAUCAGAUGAAAACAAGUCAAAUAAAUUUCAAAAUGGAUCUUCAUCUGGGCCAGUAAUUACAACUUCUUUGAAUCCUAAAAGAAAUGUGAAAGCUGCUCCUUCAUCUCUUGCAGUCGGAAAGAGAAAAAGACCUAAUGAAAAAUCCAAAGUUAUCUCUGAAGAAGAAAAAGCAGCUCUCAAGGCAAGAGAGGCUGCAAGGAAGCGAGUGCAGGAGAGGGAAAAGCCCUUGCUUGGCCUUUACAGCAAGCCUUACUAAUAACUUUGCAAAUUUACCUUAACAGACAUAGCUUCCCCCAGAAAUGUGAGGUUGUUCUUCUUUUUGCCUGAUUCAUUUAUGCUGUGUCAUUAAGGUGGGGUCCUAAUUCCCCAAUUGAUUUCCAAGUGACUCUCUAUCUUGUACAAUGUAACUGCUCCAUUUUCUAUUUUUGUUUUUGCAAUAUAUGCUAAUUUACA